AUGAGACUUUCAUUGUUCUCGGGCAUUGCCCUUUCAGCACUAUGUGCGACUGCUUUUCCCACGAGUGUUAUCAACUCGGACCUGUCCAACGAAGAUUUGGCCAGGAUCAACGACCUGGCCGCUAAAAUCUCCGCGGAUGUCAAAGCGAAGCGUGUUGCGGGUAUCGAUGCCAUCAAGCCGGGCUUCGAUGCAGAUGCACAGCGGAUAGACACCACCGGCGAUCACGCGUGGAUCGCACCAGGCCCCGGGGACAUCCGAGGGUCGUGCCCUGGUCUAAACACACUUGCAAACCAUGGCUACAUGGCACGUAAUGGUGUCGGAACCGUGUUGGACAUCAUAAAUGGGUCCGUCGAAUUGUUUGGCAUGGGUGUCGACCUGGCGACUUUCCUGACAGUAUACUCUGCCGUCAUGGCGGGAGACCUCGCAACAGUCUCGAUUGGUGGCAAGCCCCCAAGCAGUGCAUUGCUUGGUGUUGGUGGCCUUCUUGGUCAGCCUCAAGGCCUUAGCAACUCUCACAAUAGAUUCGAGUCUGAUGUAUCACCCACUCGAGCUGAUCUUUACAUCACUGGUGACCCCGUCUCCUUGAACAUGAGCCAGUUCGAGACCCUAUACAACAUGCCACAGGGCCCUAAUGGAUAUGAUCUCACAGUGAUGCACCCAUUCCGAGGUCUUCGCUUCCAAAACUCUGUCAACACCAACCCCUAUUUCUUCAAUGGCCCCUUUACUGGUCUGGCUGUCCAGACCGCGACUUACGUCUUCACGUACCGCUUCUUUGCCAACCAUUCUGCCGAAUAUCCCGAGGGCUUCCUCGAUAGUGAAACCCUCAAGUCAUUUGAGUCUGUCGUCGGCGAGCCUGGCUCCUUCCAAUGGAUCCCCGGACACGAGCGCGUCCCUGACAACUGGUACCGCCGCGCCAUUGGCGACGAGUUUGGCCUCGCCGCCUUCACCCUCGACGCCAUGGAUGCUCUGCGACACCUGCCCAACCUGCUCGUGCUCGGCGGCAACACGGGCAAGCCCAACACCUUUACCGGCGUCAACGUCACGAGCCUCACCAGCGGCGUCUUCAACGCCGAGACCCUCCUCGAGGGCAACAAUGCCAUGUGCCUCGCCUUCCAGACCGUCAGCAUGGCGUCGCCCGACAUUCUCCGUGGUCUCGUCGGCAAUGUGGCCAAGGCCGUGCAGACGCUGGCUGGCCCGCUCAAUGCUGUCAUCUCGGCUCUGGGAUGCCCGCAGUUGCAAAAGUAUGACUCUUCCUUGUUCAACCAAUACCCUGGCUCGAAGGGAGCCUUUAGCUAG